AUGAGCAAAGUGUACACUUAUGACGAAGUCUCUCAACACCGAAGCGCAGACAGCUGCUGGGUUGUUCUGUACGGCAAUGUCUACGAUGUGACCAAAUUCGUUCCCGAGCACCCCGGUGGUGCAAAGAUCAUCUUACAACUGGCCGGACAAGAUGCAACCGAAGAAUACGACCCGAUUCACCCACCAGGCAUCCUCGAGGAGUCACUUGCACCGGAAUGCAAAUUGGGAUCGUUCGACGCCAGCACGCUGCCCUCGGUGGAGAAAUCGCCCGUCGACGAGAACAAGGUCGAUGAGGAAGCAAUUAUGCCACUCGACCAUUGCCUGAACAUGGACGAUAUCGAAGCAGUUGCUACAAAGAAGAUGAGCAAGAAGGCAUGGGCAUACUAUUUCUCAGCAGCCGAUGACCUCAGAUCGAAGGCUUUGAACAACACCGUCUACAACGACAUCCUUCUCCGACCACGAGUCUUUGUGGAUAUCACCAAAUGCGACACGAGCUCAACUAUGCUGGGAAACAAGGUCAACAUUCCUCUGUUCGUUUCACCUGCCGCUAUGGCACGUUUGGGCCACCCAGACGGUGAGCAAGGUAUCGCAAAGGCCUGCUCGACAUUUGGUGCCUGCCAGAUCAUCUCAAACAAUGCUUCUCAGACACCAGAGCAGAUACUUGAAGGCUCUCCCGAGGACCAAGUCUUCGGAUGGCAACUCUAUGUGCAAAACGAUCGCAAGAAGAGCGAGGACAUGCUCGUCCGCAUCAACAAUCUCAAGAAGAUCAAGUUCAUAGUCUUGACGCUCGAUGCACCUGUUCCUGGAAAGCGCGAGCACGAUGAGCGAGAGGGAAAGAAUGUCGGCGCCAACCUGCCUAUUCGUAGUGCACACCAAGAAGGAAGUGCCAGCACUACAUCACCUGAUCCCAAGGCCGCAAGCUCAUCACCAAAGAGUGGCGGUAGUGUGGCUUCGGCCAUGUUCGCCGGUACUGCUGGUGACCUGACAUGGAAGACUACGUUGCCCUGGUUGGCCAAGCAUACCAAGCUGCCCAUUGUACUCAAGGGACUGCAAACACAUGAAGAUGCCUAUUUGGCUUCUUUGUAUGCACCUCAAGUACAGGGCAUCAUCCUGUCCAACCACGGUGGCAGAGCUGCCGACACCGCGCCCCCUUCAAUCCACACACUGAUCGAAAUCCGCAAGUAUUGUCCAGAAGUCUUGGAUAAGAUUGAGGUCUGGGUGGACGGAGGCAUCAAGCGUGGCACCGAUGUGGUCAAGGCUCUCUGUCUGGGAGCAAAAGCAGUGGGUAUGGGUCGCAAUGCACUCUUUGGACUCGGUGCAGCGGGCACAGCAGGUGUCGAGCGUGUGUACGAGAUUCUCAAGGCCGAGAUCGAGACGACAAUGCGACUGCUCGCCGUCGAGAGGAUUGAAGAGCUUGGACCCCAGCACAUCAACGCCAGAGCGGUGGAGAGAGAUAUUUACGACGGCCCAGCAGGUCUCGAGAAGCUCAGCAUGUGGAUCAAGGCCAAACUGUAG